AAAAGUGCUCUAAACUAGAGAUGCUAAACCUUAGUAACAACCAAAUAGAGAAGAUUGAGAAGUUGGAUAAAUUGCUGAAGCUGCGUGAGCUCAACUUGUCCUGCAACAGAAUCAGCAAAAUUGAAGGCAUAGAACAUUUGCAGAACCUACAGAAGCUGAACCUGGCAGGAAAUGAGAUUGAGCACAUUCCUGUGUGGGUAGGGAAGAAACUGAGAUCCCUUCGAAGCCUGAAUUUGAAACAGAAUAAAGUAUCCUCACUCCAUGAUAUAGCUAAACUAAAGCCUCUGCAAGAUCUGACCUCUCUGUUCCUUGCUGAAAACCCAGUUGCAAGUCUGCCUCACUACUGCUUGUACACCAUAUUCCACCUGAGGGCACUGGAAAACCUGGAUGGACAGCCAGUGACAAACCAUGACAGGCAGGAAGCUCUGGAGAGGUUUAAUUUGGAAGAGAUAGAAAAAUUAGAAAGAGAGUUGGAAAACACAAAAAAGGAGAUGGAGAACGUGAAACUUCACCAGUCCAAAGUGCUUGAGCAACUUCAGCAUCAAGAUGAGCUCAACAGGUCACUAAAGGAAAAGGCUGUGCAACAGAGACAAAGCUUUGAAGAGCUUCAGAGGGACCUGGGCACCAAAAAUGAGCUGCUGAAGCAGAAGACAGUGGAGCUCACCCGGGCUUGCCAGAAGCAGUAUGAGCUGGAGCAGGAGCUGGCCUUUUACAAGAUCGAUGCAAAAUUUGAGCCCUUAAAUUAUUUGCCCUCAGAGGAGGUUGAACUUGAUAAUGUACCUGGUGAAAGUCCCUACAUUGGCAAGGCCAGGUACAAAAGAAAUAUGUUCAUAAGGGAAGGCUACAUCCCUGACACAGCUCAGCAGCUGCAGGUUGGGAAAAUGCAACAGGAGGAGGAUGAUUCCUGUAGGAAACCCCAGCUGGAAUCACAUCUCCAAAGUCUAGAUAAUAUACUGCAGGAUAAGGAAGAAAAGAUUAAUGCAGCACAAAGAAGAUUAGAAGAACUGCAAAGUGAAAUUGGAGAUGCAGAGCAACAAGUGCUGAAAGUAACAGGGGAGCUGCAACAACUGGAGGAUGCUCUGGCUCAGAAAAAAAUCUCCCAGGCCAGCAAGGAAGCCAUUGAACAGCAAUUGAGUGAAAAGUUGCAAAUCCUGCAGGAGCUACGCAAGGAAACCUUAGAGCUGGAAAAACAAAUAGAGAAACAGAAAACAGAAAUAGGGAAAAAUCAGAAAGAGCUUGAAGAUUUGCUGAGUUCUCUUGGCUCUAUAAAUCCUGAGGAUCCAAGGCAUGUUCACAUGAAAGCUCAAAAAGCAAGUAAGGAGCAGCACCUUGAUAUCAUGAGCAAACACUGCCAGCAGCUGGAGACUCGCCUGGAUGAGAUGCUCUCCAGGAUUGCAAAGGAAACUGAGGAAAUCAAGGAUUUGGAGCAGCAGCUCACUGAUGGUCAAAUAGCAACAAAUGAAGCACUGAAAAGGGAUUUGGAAAGUAUUAUCACUGGCUUACAGGAAUACCUGCAAAGUGUGAAACACCAGGCAGAACAGGCCAAUGAAGAGUGUAAGAAGUUGCAGAAGGAAAAAGAAUCUUUGCUGGGAAGAUUGGCAGGUCUGGAGGAGGAAAAAAACAACCUGGAAGUGGUUGCCAUGGAUGCAGAAAAUAUGAGAAAAGAAAUAGCAAUGCUGGAGAGCUCACUUCAGGAGCAGAGAGAGAUAAAUGAGUCCCUUCAAGGUGCUCAGGAGAAGGCCAGCACCUACGAGGCUGAGCUGAAAGCUCAAUUAAGAGAGAGAGAUGCUGAAGCCAAGCAGCAAAAAGAAGAAUUUGAAAGACUGAAACAACAUAGCCAGAUGGAACUAUCAGCCCUGCAGGAUGAACUUGAAAAGGAAAGACAGCUGUUAGAGAAUGCUCAGACCAAAGCACAACUGGCAGAAGAGAAGGAGCAACAAAAUUACAAGCUGCUUUUACAGUUCAAGCAAUUGCAGGGAGACAAUAAUUUCCUAAAACAACAGCUUAAAGAUCUCCAGAAUCACCUAAACCAUGCAGUUGGUAACUUAAUUCAUCCUGAGGAUGUCAUGGCUUACAUAAAUGAACUCAGGCAAAAGCUUAAGACAGGAGCUGGAGAGAUGAAGUGUCCAAAUCCAGCUGAUAUUUUAGGGAAAAACCUUUCAAGUCUGCAGAAAGAAUUCAAUGAUAUCCUUGCUGAUGCACAGAAGGAAAAAGAGAAAGCAUGGGCUGGGCAAAAGCAGUUGCAGGAAGAAAUGGUAUCUCAGCAGGAGAAACUGGAACAAAUACAGGAGAAAUACAGACAGGCAUGUAUCAAACAACUUUACUUACAGGUUAAAGCUGAAAACAGGCAAAAUAAAAACAAGGUCCAUCAGUUAGAGAAUGAAAUUCAACGUUUGCAUGAAAAAAUAAGAAGCAUGGAAGAGAUUCAGGGCCUGGCUGAUCAGCAGCUCCAGGAGGCAGAUGAAGAAAGAGAGGCUAUUCUUGCUCAGCUGGAGAAUUUAGAGAAAAGGAAAAAACUAGAAGAUGCCAGGGCACAGAUGCAGGUGCUGAGCCUGGCUAAGGAGCUGAAGGAGCUGCAGAGAGCAGUGAUCAGCUCAGACAAGCUGGCAGCCACUGAGCUCUCCAUUGCUGCAGACCAGCUCAAGGCUCUGGGGGGGACUGUGCUCAGGAUUAACCAGGAGAGAGCUGAGGAGCUUGAGGAAGCCCAAGAGUUCAGUGAUGAGGCAGCUCGUGCUUCCCAGGCUCUUGCCAAAGCAGAAGCAGAAAUAGAAUUGCUACAACAGCUCCUGAAGGAGAAGGAAGAGCAAGUUCUGCAGGAAAUGGAGAAAGCUGGUGAGAAAACUGUUGCAUCAAACACUCAGAAGUUUGAAAUUAAUAAAUUAAGUGAAGCCAUGGAACAGCAAAAAGCAGAGAUUGACCAUUUGAAAUGGUUGUUGGAUAAUAUCGGGGCAGGUAAUAAAGAUGAAAUUGAGACCUUACAGGAUGAAAUUGCAGCCCUCAGAAAUGUGCUCUCACAGCAGAAUGAUCACAAUACCAGCCCAGCAGAUCCCCUGAAAAGAGGGGGAUUCUGGUACUACCUUCCAUCAUCACAGGCUUCAACUCCUGCUUCCCACAGCACCAAAGACUCUGGAGUAUGUUUGGGGUGCUCUGGCACAUCCCCAGCCAGGAGGAGGGAUGCUCAGGACAGGUCCUGUGGGAGGGAGGACUUGCCCAGCCAUGGAUGUUUGGUUUAUUCACCAGUCAGAAAUAGGUUGCACAAAGCAAAUUCUGGCAAAGACAGAAGAGCGAAAGAAGACGGUGAAGGAAAUGCAGGAUCUCCUGUCCCUGAAGCCUCUCCCUUUGUCCCACCCCUGGGCACAGUUAUUUCCACAGCCCUUCCAGAUGGGGCCCCUGCACCUCAGGGUGUGGGGGUUUAUGGCCCUCCUCCUGCAGCAGCCCCUGGCGCUCCAGUUGCUCCUGGAUCCAUCAUCCAUGGACCACCUCCUCUGGGAUCCCAGGUGGUUUAUGGCCCUCUGCCUCCAAACUUCACAGUGCCACUCAUUCCCCUGGGAGUGCUCCACUGCAACGUGCCUGGACAUCAGGAUCUGAAGAGUGAAGUCUCAAGGCUGGAAGACACUGUGUGCUAUUUAAAGUCUCAGAAAUACAAAGAGAAGUGCUCGGAGGCAGCUGAGCAGGAAUACAUAAAGAAGGUGGAAGGAUUGCAUGGAGAUGUUGAAGAACUCGAGCAGGAGAGAGAAGAGCUGCGCCGAGCGGCUCCGAAACGGAGCACACGCAGGGACUUUAUUGAUGGCUACACUGACAGGUUCCUUGCAGAGGUGCGGCUGGAGAGGUCCCUGCAGCAGCAGGAAGAUGUUGCAGAGGAGAUUGAAUGUGUAGAGAAGACUCUCCUGAAACGCCGGGCUGAGCUCAGAGAGGCUGACAGGCUGCUCACAGAGGCUCAGGUGGAACUUGAGAGCACCCAGGGCAAGACUAAAGAGACUCUGCAGAAGUACAAUCGUGCCAAACAUCAUUUGUCCUGCACUGAAAUGGAGGCAGAGGAGCUGGAGCAGAGGGCUCAGGAAACAGCCACCAAACUUGUGAAAGCAUCUCAGCAGCUCAGGUUAUUACAGACAGACACGAGGGGUUUGGAACAUCUGAGGAGGGAACAAGAAGGUAUUUUGAAGGAACUUAACAAAAUGGUGGCUGCAAGAAACUCUGAGUUGCAGUCAUUAAACCAGAAGAUAGAAGUUCUCACUGAAAGUCUCCAGAAGCUCCAAGGAGAUAUUCGACUUGCAGAAGAUAACGAGGGCCAGCACCUCCAAAUCAUCAGAGAAGCAGAAAACCUUGUUCAGGGCAAGAAAACAGAACUGGAAACAUUGAAAAAUCAGAUUUCUGCUCAGCAGCAAGAGCUCUUAUUCCUGGAGCAGCAGGUGACUCAAAGAACAGAAGAGCUCUGUGGCCUUCAGGACAGCAUUUCCCAAAGGAAAGGUGACCUCAAAGAAGCUCUUCGAGAUGGAGAGACUGAAGCACAUGAAAAACUCUGCCAGAUAAGGGAAAUAAAAGUACUUCUGGGAGAGCUUAGUGUUGAGAGGAAUGAACUGGAUGUCCAGCUGGGUGAGAGGAGAGCACAGCUUUUGGUCCUAAAGAAGGAUAUUACAAAGGAGGAGGAAAAUCUUCAAGGAAUUCUUGGGCAAAUCACCAAGCAUAAGAUGGAACUGAAACAUGUGCUGGAAAUGCUGGAGCUUGAGAAGAAUGAACUGGAAGGUUUGAAACUCCAACAUGAGCAGAAGGUCAAUGAGCUGGAGAAGACCCAAGUGGCCAUUCUAGAGGAGAAGUUAAAACUGGAGAAUAUUCAGAGAUUAUUGCAGUGUCAGCAAGGGGAAGUGGAUUGGCAGGAGCAGCUCCUCAGGAAGGACCGUGAGGAGAACAAACACCUGGGAUCUCACAUGAGAACUCUGCAAAACAACAUCGAGGCUCUGAGCAGAGAGAAGGAGAAGCUGGAAGAGGACUCCAGGAAUUUGGAGAAGAAGUUGUCACAAGCCAAAAGGUGGAGGAAUGUCUUUUUUCCUGCAGACAUCAGAAGGGAUGGGGGACUGCUUGAAUGUCUGUUUGUUGUAAUUCAAGUUACAGCUGUAAUUCUGAGGUGCCCAAUAAGGCAGAGCAGGCAUUUUCUUAUGUUCUGUGGAGCUUUUGCUUUAAGCCUCUCUACAGCAGAUUUAAAAAAUAUUCAGCAAUGGAGAUGAUGAAUCAGCAGCGUUUGUGAUAUCCUGGCAAUGCCAUGAGAAAUGUUACCAAAAGGAAAGUGUUGCAU